UACGUGGUUUGUAGGCAGAGCACAGGUAUGAAGUGGUGGUGAGAAUUGAGCUCGAAGAAAAAGCAGUGAAUUCGCCAGUAGAAGUAGUGUUAACUGUUAACAAAUAACAACAACGCUAAUGGUCAUGGCAUUGGCAUCAUCCAUCUACACUACUCAUUUUCUCCCCCACUACCGUCCUAGUCCUACACCUUCUUCUUACCCCAAGUUCCAUUUUCCCCAACCGAAUAGGAUCUUCGCAGUUUCUUCCUCUCAUAAUCAAAUUCUUUCCACCCAAAAUGCAGACCUCCAAGUUCAAACCAGGACGUGGAAUUGGAAGGGUUACUCUGUACGUUAUCAAUGUUCUGGGAACGAUGGCCCUGCACUGGUUUUAGUGCACGGUUUUGGAGCAAACAGUGACCACUGGAGGAAGAAUAUUCCAGCUCUUGCAAAAUCUCACCGGGUAUACUCUAUUGAUCUUAUUGGAUAUGGAUAUUCAGAUAAACCAAAUCCUCGUCAAUUUGGAGAUGAUUCCUUUUACACUUUUGAGACAUGGGCUACCCAAUUAAAUGAGUUUUGUGUUGAUGUCAUUAAGGACGAAGCAUUCUUUAUAUGCAAUUCUAUUGGAGGAGUUGUUGGUCUUCAGGCAGCUGUACUAGAACCACAAAUCUGCAGGGGCAUUCUCCUACUCAAUAUAUCUCUUCGGAUGCUUCACAUAAAGAAGCAGCCUUGGUAUGGAAGAUCUUUCAUCAGAUCAUUCCAGAGGUUGCUUAGGGAUACUGCUGUGGGCAAGUUCUUCUUUAAAGCUAUUGCAACAAAAGAAUCUGUGAGGAACAUUCUUUGCCAGUGCUAUCAUGACACGUCCCAGGUGACAGAUGAGCUAGUGCAGAUCAUCCUUAGUCCAGGACUGGAACCUGGAGCUGUAGAGGUCUUUCUCGAGUUUAUUUGUUACUCAGGUGGCCCUCUUCCUGAAGAACUACUACCCCUAGUAAAGUGCCCAGUUUUGAUAGCAUGGGGUGACAAGGAUCCUUGGGAACCAAUUGAGAUGGGAAGAAAUUAUGGAAAUUUUGAUUCUGUAGAAGACUUCAUUGUACUUCCAAAUGUUGGACAUUGCCCCCAGGAUGAAGCGCCCGAUCUUGUGAACCCUCUUGUGGAGUCAUUUGUGGCACGCCAUGCUAAAUCCUCAUCUGGUGCCUCUGCAAUUAGUUGAUUCCUUUGUAAGUCGGUUUAUUGGUGCUGCUCAGCUCAUUGAAAUUGUGUAUAUUUCUCCAUUUGCUUUCAUUAAAGUGAGUGAUCACUUUCACUUUAGAAGGAAAAAUCAGGAAUUGUAUCACUUUGGAUGAGAAAAUUUGGGGAGUAGUUUUGUACAAUUUCAUAGUAUUUUACAUGUACAUACAUUUGUUUAUAUAAUCUUAACUUAAAUCAAUAAUUAUCACUCCUAUUCUUCUUCUUUUUUGCAGCUAA